UUUAAUUAAAUAGCAAAAAUAAAACCCCUUUUUGGCUUCGAAUAUUUAAUUUUACAAAAAUGGCAAGUUCUAUAGGUAUUAUUCCAACCCUAGUUAAGAAAAUAAAGGAAAAUUUGCUAGUUAAAGUAAUUGAAAAACCAAGCUCAUUUAUUUCUCAUUCUGCUUAUGACACUGCAUGGUUAGCAAUGAUUGGUGAUCCAAAAAACAAAGAUAAGAAACCCAUGUUUAAAAGUUGUUUGGAUUGGGUUUUAAACAAUCAAAAAGAUGAAGGGUUUUGGGGUGAAUUAGAUUGUAAUGGGAAUCCCACCAUUGAUUCUAUUCCUUCAACUUUAGCUUGCAUGGUUGCUUUGAAGAUGUGGGGUCUUGGCCAUAAACAUAUUGAGAAAGGAAUGGCUUUCCUUCAUGGAAAUUUAGAGAAACUAGUGAAACAAAAGGACAACAAUGAAGAAUACCCUCGUUGGUUUGCCAUAGUUUUUCCAGGAAUGCUGGAAAUCGCUCAAACAACUGGUUUACAAACCAAGUUUUCAGACGAUGUUACAGUCGAAGUUGCCCGUGCUUUCCUUCAACGUCAACACAUACUUAAUACGGAAAAAUUGGUUGACAAAUAUCAUUCUCAUACAUUGCUUUCAUGCUUGGAAGUGUUGCCUGAAUUUUACGAAAUUGACCAUCAAACUAUAAUUAGCCAUUUAAGUCCAGAUGGUUCCUUGUUCCAUUCGCCGGCAGCUUCUGCUGCGGCAUACAUUGCCACUAAAAACCCGGAAACACUGUCAUAUCUGCGCACCCUUGUGCAAAAUUGUUCCCGAGGAGUUCCAGCAAUGUAUCCCAUAGAUGAGGAUUUCAUAAAGCUUUGCAUGGUGAAUCAACUACAAAGAUUAGGCUUGUCUUCCCUUUUUGAAGAUGAAAUCAAACAUAUUUCACAAAAAAUAUAUGGUCAAUAUGAACAAAAAGCCUCACAAGAUCAGGAUUUUAUUCAAGUCAACAUGUUCAAAACCUCCUUAGCUUUUGAAGUACUUCGUAUUCAAGGCUUUGAUGUUUCUCCAAGGAGGUUUUCAAGGUUUCUUAAUGAUGAAUGUUGUGUACAACAUAUUGAAGACAACCAUGAAAUGUUUGGAAGUGUAUUAUACAACUUUUAUAGAGCCACCAACCUUAUGUUUGAAUCAGAAAUGGAGCUGAAAGAUUUGAGAAAUUUCUCUAAAACAUUACUGUCAAAAUCCUGCUUAGGUGGCAAGACUAUACAUGAUGGCAUCAUGAUGUGGCCAAAUCUCCAACAAGGGAUUAAACGAGAACUUGUUGUUCCUUGGAUGGCUCGAAUGGAUCAUUUAGACCAAAGGGAGUGGAUUGAAGCAAACAAUGAAAGCCCUCUAUGGUUGGGAAAAGCCUCAUUUUACAGGAUAUCAUGCCUAAAUGACAAGAAUUUGCUUCAACUUGCUAAAGCGCGUUACGAACACCGACAAAUGGUCUACAAGAAAGAAUUGAUGGAGCUCAUAAGGUGGUCUAAGGAAUGGGGUCUUGCAAAUAUGGGUUUUGCUCGAGAGAAAACCACUUAUUGUUACUUUGCAGCAAUAGCAAGUGCCCCUUUUAUCCCUGAUGAUUCUGUUAUUCGCAAAUUUGUUACAAAAAGUGCCGUAAUUAUCACUGUUUUUGAUGAUUUUUUUGACAUGGAAGGAUCCCUUGAUGAACUACAAAAGCUUACCAAUGCAGUGCAAAGGUGGGAUAAUAAUGGUUUAUCAAGUCAUAGCAAGAUCCUUUUUGAUUUGCUCAAUGAUUUUGUGGAUGAAGUAGCAAAGAAGUACUUUGAACAACAUCAAAUCGAUAUCACAAGUAUUCUUCGAGAAAAUUGGUAUGAGAUAGUUGAUUCAUGGUUAAGUGAAGCAACAUGGAGCAAAACAGGAGAAAUUCCUUCAAUGGAAUCUUACUUGGAAACUGGGAAGAUAUCAAUUGCAGCACAUAUAUUACCUCUUCAUUCUUCAUGUUUUAUGAAUCCAAGCUUGAAUUCUCAUCAAAAACUUAAUCCUUGUCAAUAUGAAGAAAUUACACAACUCUUAAUGACAACAUGUCGUUUUUUGAAUGACUUGCAAAGUUAUGAGAAAGAAGUUAAAGAUGGCAAGAUCAACUCAGUAUUACUACACCUAAAAGAAAACCCAAAUGCUAAGAUGGAAGAUGCAGUUGACUACAUACAAAACCUAAUUGAAGGAGCUAAAAUGAAGUUACUUGAACAUGCAUUAAUUGAUGGAGAUGAUGAUAAUUUAACAAGAACUUGUAAACUGUUACACUUAUCAACCCUAAAAGCCUUUCAAAUGUUCUUCAAUUCUGCCAAUUAUUUUGACACAAAAGAUUCUCUUCUAAAUGACAUCAAUAGAGCAAUCUUUGUUCCUUUUCAACAUGAUUCUACUCCUAUGAAUCUUCCUUCUAAGCCAUUAUCACUUCCUUCUCCACAAACAAAAAAGGAUUUGGUGAUCAAUUCUUGGUACAAAAUAGACAUGAGAAACUAUGAUAAAAGGCCAAAGUUUACAAUGCAUGGUGUUCCUAAUUUGGCAAGUCAUCAAUUGAACAAAAAGGUUUUACCAUUCUAUGGCUUUCGUUUCGCCCUUGAAAGUCGUCGUUGGUGAAAAAAUACGAUUUUAUUGCUAUAUCACAAUAAUGUUUAUGAAACAACUUUUAAAAUUUUGAUGAUUCCAAUAAUAUUAAUCUAAAUAUACGGUCACGAUCUGAUGACAAUGGGCGAAAUAAAAGAUUUAGAUACGUACCUUAUUAAUGUGAUUAAUUGUAUGUGUUGUUAUAGAUAUAACCUAUGUAUAUUAAUGGCUUUUAUUGUGUUGUGUUUGAAUUCUAAAAAGAAUGUGUAACAAAAAAAAUCUAGUAUGAGAAAAGAUGGUGUAA